AUGAAGCCACACCAGCUCCUCCGCACCUCCCCCUCCCUCCGCACCGCCCUCCAACAAACCUUCACCACCGCAUCCCGAACCCGGCCAACCCACCCUCCCCCCCUCAUCAACACCCUAACCCGCACCGCCCCCCGCCGUCCGCCCCCCUCCAACCCCCUCACCCGCGCCCCGCCCCGCCGCCCCUACUCCACCGACCCGCCGAAACCCGCCCCCCCCCACUCCCUCUCCCUCUCGCAGCGCCUGCGGAAGCUGUCCCGCGAGUACGGCUGGUCGGCCUUCGGCGUCUACAUGCUGCUCUCGGCGCUCGACUUCCCCUUCUGCUUCGCCGCCGUGCGCUACCUGGGCACGGACCGGAUCGGACGCUACGAGCACGUGCUCGUCGAGCGGGUGAAGGGCGCGGUCCCGGAGUCGGUCCGGGAGGCGUGGCGGACGCGGACGCCGGGGGAGGCCGUGGGAGGCGGGGCGGGGGGGGAGACCGGGGUCGAGGGGUAUGCGGUUGUGGAGGGGGAUGGGGUGGGGGUGGCGGGGUAUGAUCACGGGGUGAAGGAGGCGGAGAAGAGGAACGAGAGCGAGAAUGCUAGUGGGGUUUGCCCCGAGCCGGUCAUUGAAGACGUGGACUGA